GGUGGCCAGUACUGGGCAGGGCUUUACACAGGGGAGGGGCACGUCGCCGGGAUAGAAGAGCUCGGCGGGUCACCUCCCUAUCUGCCGCUGGACUGUGGAAGGUCUCACCCCAUGUGCCAGGCAGGCUACAUUGAUGGACACCUCGCUGCUGCUGCUGCCUCUCGUACUCGGGUUUAUCGUUUUCCCGUGGAUGAGUUCAGGUGGAAAUUCAACUUCACAACCUGAAACAAGAAGUUUUCCAUGCCGCGACUACAUAGAAAACUGCUCAGGAAUCUCUGAGCCAGCAAAAUGGAGAGGCCAUUUUUCCCGAUGUCCAAAGUCAUAUAGACAUUACUGCAUAAAGGGGAAAUGCCGUUUUGUAAGGGUUUUGAAGGAGCCUUCAUGUAUAUGUGAAAAAGGCUAUACUGGGGCAAGAUGUGAAAGACUGGACCUGUUUUACUUAAAAGAAGACAGGGGACAACUUGUUGUGAUUGGCCUAAUCAUUGCCAUGGUGGCUCUCAUUCUUGUCAUCAUUUGUAUAUGCAUUUGCUCCCAUCACUACAGAAAAUCACACAUAAGAAAAAUGAAAGGAAAGGAAGUGGAAAGCCUCAGUAAUGAUCCCACAGGGAAAAUGGAGGAAACCCAUUUUACCUAAAGGUUGCAAUGAAGCUACUACACCUGCAGGCAGGUAUCAUGCUACUUUUACCAAAGAGAAUAUGCUGCACCCUUGGAUAAUGGUGAAGGAAAACGGAUGGUACAUCCAUUCAUUGGGACUAUAGCACAAACUUUCUAUAAAAUUUACACCAUGGAAUCAUUUUUCUGCUAAACUGAUGUGUACUGCAAAUACUAUGGCAAGUAUUUCUAUAACAAAAUGGCCCAAGAUAUGUCUAAUGCAUUCAACUUAUCCUCACUUGGAUGGACGAUGGGAAUGUGUAUAUAGAAAAUAUAAGAUUUUGAUAACUUCCAAUUAUAUUUUGACCAAUAUGUUAUUUGUAUGUGUGACUAGUAAUAUUUAGAAAGUUCUGUACUGUACUGCGGAAGUGGAAGACAAACCAUCGGGUAACGUUAUCCUUGGACAGAAAGAUUUGGUUCAGACAUGUGUGAGCCAACAAAUACUGUUGGCUUGCAUUGGUAGACAUGUUUUCAUGCUUUUAAUGCUACAGUAUGUACAGUAGUAUCAGCAGACACAAGUGAAAAUACCACGUUUCUCUACCCCUGUGUUCAAAAUUAAAGGGCGUCAUUUACUAAUCUGAAAUGCGCUUAAUGUAGGUGUAUUUCAGGCGCAGAUGUCAGCGCAACGGCUACAUAGUUAAUACAGUUGAAAAAAGACAUAAGUCAAUCAAGUUC